AGAAACCUGGAAAACUCCUAUCAAAACAUCACCGUUCAUCGUUCGAUUGCGUGUAUACUUACUGCUGUUGGUGCUGCAGAGCUACGCUCGAAGAGAAAAACGAACCGAAAAAGUGAUUAACUGUGGUUGGAUUCCGUCGAACGACCUUAAUCCUGCGGUUAAGUCCGCGGCAAACACCCGAAAACAGGCUACGCAAACGGCUGGUGGUGGUGGAUUAGGAGCAGCGAGAACGGAGGCGGAGGAAGAUGUAGAAGUGAGUGGCCAGUGGCAGGCAGGCAGGCAACAUACAUAGAGUGAGCAGCAAGAGGACGACGUCGACCGACGUUAUCUCGACGGACGACUGGACGCAGUAAUCGGGGUUUUGCCUUUGCGCUCGGUGUUCUUCUGCGUGCAUCGCGUUAGCUUGCUUGGAUGGUUGUUGGUUGGUAAUUGCUCUGGGCAAACAGGAAGUUACUGAUAUUUUCGCGCGAGUGAGCGGAUCGCGCUCCAUGGAAAACCGGCGACUGGCGGUGAAGGUGGCGUGAUUUGGAAAUAAUUGUUGGACGCGAGCGCGAGGUGGACGGACCGGUGAGGAUGUUUAAUCGAUUGAAGAACCGGGUGCUGACGGUGGUUGGACCUGAUCUUCCCGCGCUGCCGUCAACGGUAGGUUUGGGUAGCGGGAGUUCCCAUCACGGACACAGCCGCGAUUCAGAUCAUGGAGGAAAAGGAAACCUUCCAGAGAAGUUCCGCUAUGCGAGGCCGCAAUUUCUGCAGUUGUUGACGUAUGACGAGCUGAAGGCCAGUGCCGAUCAUAACGUGCGUCCGAUAAUCGUCCCGAGGGACAUCUCGCUGUUGCCGUGGAACACCGGCUACGCAGAGUGUGUCAACUCGGGAAAGUCCGAGUGGAACGAAGACCAGGCGGCGUUCCACCGGCAAGUCCUAUCGCAUCCCUCCAAGCAGUACCAUGAUCUACCGUACACGUACUUCGGGAUCUACGAUGGACACGCGGGGUACGGAGCGGCCUUGGCCGCAUCCAACCAGUUUCACCAUAUCUUGCACGAGAAGCUAGUGGACAUCAUCGAUCUGUUGAUGCCGCGGAUGGAAGGAGACGAAUCGACGACGACCGGAGCCGGAGUAGGGUUGAACGCAAUCCUACCGCAUCCAAUCCUGUUCCACAAGCAGGUCAGCAAGGACGAGCUCAUAGUUGGUGCCCUGGAAGCGGCCUUCGCCGACAUGGACGCCAUGUUGGCGGAAGACCGCGACAAGUACCGGAACGCCGGCGGUUGCACUGCGCUGGUAGCCCUGUUCAUCCUCGGAAAGCUCUUCGUAGCCAACGCGGGAGAUUCUCGAGGCAUCCUCUGUAAGCGGGUUCAUCGGAAGACCCUUCCGAACGUACGACCACCCCCCGUUCAUGAAGAAACCAUGAACGGAGACGCAGCCACGGAGGAAGACGAAGACGACCACAUCGUCUACGCUGAACCCUGCUCAUUUGACCACACUCCGGAGACGGAGAGGCCCCGAUUGCUCUCCAUCGGGAAGCUCAAUCCAAACCUGAUGGGAGGCGAGUACGUGGCCAUGGAGUACGCCAAGAAACCCAUGACCAAGGACCUGGGUACUCGGAUCCUCUACCGCCAGGGCACCAUGAAAGGUUGGACCUACAAAACCCUGACUCGAAACGAUCUCAAGAUGCCGAUCGUUACCGGAGACGGCAAGCGGAGUCGCCUGCUUGGCACAAUCGGUGUAACCCGAGGCUUCGGCGAUCAUGACUUGAAGGCUCUAGGCAGCGGGCUGCCGAUCAAACCAUUCCUCAGCUGCCACCCGGACGUGGUGUGCAUAGAUCUCAGCAAGAUCGAAACCGACCCCUCUGAGGACAAUGUCGACGGCGACUACGGAGUCCUCGUCAUGGCCACCGACGGUCUCUGGGACGUCACCUACUCCCAAAAGGUGUCCAAUACCGUAUUCACCACGCUGAAAAAGUUCCCUACCGAGAGGCAUCGGUACACGAUGGCCGCCCAAGAACUGGUGGCCAAGUCUCGGGGCCGAGCCAACAUCAACGGCCACUGGCGGUUGUCUGAUUCCCGAGCGGCGGCCACCGUCGACGACAUCUCCGUCAUCGUCAUCCCCGUCUAUCAGUACUACCUGGAGUAUCUCGAAUGGAAACGGUCACUCCAGAAACCCAAAGUUCCGGAGGUCGCCACCGAGGCCACACCGGCCGAGGAAGACACCCCCGUCCCCGAUCUGAGCCACUUGAACAGCUCCUCGUCCUCGGAUUCCGACCCGCUGGAGGACGCCCGAGAACAACCACCCCCAACAAACAAUGAUAUUACGAGUUCCGCAAACAACUAGACCGCUCCCGUUUUUAAUCUUGACUUAAACCUAACACACCGUUUUCCUCGACUUUGCAACGUGAUUUUAUUUUUAUUCCAAUAACAAUGAACCUAUUAGGAGUACCGCGGAUUCAACCGGGCCCCCACCUGGACGAAAGCCCAGCUACAUCGGUUCCAUGGUGGCGGCCCGCUCUGGCAAGGUUGAAUCCUUAUGACUUAUGAAUGAUAAAUAGCACUACGCGUUUAAGUGAUCCUAGACUUCAAGUACUACGCAACAUUAGAAGCAAACUUCUGUCAAAGUUGAGUCAGAGUUGAUGAGAGAAUGUUGGCGACGAUGUUGAUUAGCAAGUAACCAAUAAGCUAUUAUUCGUGCUGAAAAUAUUAUAAUGAAAGAAAUAGCAAAAUAUAAAAUUUAUUUAAACUCCUCA